AUGUCGUCUCUGGACAUCCGCGCUCACCCUGGAGCCACACAGAACCAGAGCCGGAUGGGGAAAGCGACUGUGGGGUCAAGGAGAGCUGCUCUGGGGGAACUCACUAACUUCAACCCUGCAGCUGUCAAUACAAAGAGGGGAGCCUCCAAGACACAAGCCUGUCUCAAGAUUAGGCUCCCAGAGAAGCAAGCAGAGGUCCUGGUCCCCAUGUCCCUUGGGGUCCCAGCCCCUGAGUGCCUCUUGCAGCAGGAUGUCUCUAUGCAGGAGGAGACUGCACUGUGCCAGGCCUUCUCUGAGGCCCUGCUCACAGUGGAGGAUGUGGAUGAAGAAGACUGUGAUCUUCCUCAGCUCUGCUCACACUACGUAAAAGACAUCUACAGAUAUCUGCACGAGCUGGAGCGGCAGCAGCCUGUGCGGCCGCACUACAUGCAGGGCUAUGAGAUCACAGGCCGCAUGAGGGCGCUGCUGGUGGACUGGCUAGUCCAGGUGCACUCCAGGUUCCAGCUGCUGCAGGAGACUCUGUAUCUGACUGUGGCUGUGCUGGAUCGCUUCCUGCAGGUUCAGCCCGUAUCCCGUAGGAAGCUGCAGCUGGUGGGGGUGACGGCCAUGCUGGUGGCCUGUAAAUUUGAGGAGAUGUUUGCUCCGGAGGUGGGAGACUUUGCUUACAUCACUGACAACGCCUUCAGCAAAGUCCAAAUCCUGGAGAUGGAGCGGGUUGUGCUACGAAGCAUUAAGUUCCAGCUGGGACGACCUCUGCCCCUGCACUUCCUCCGGAGGGCAUCCAAAGUGGGCAGUUCUGAUGUGCAGAGACACACUCUGGCCAAAUACAUGAUGGAGCUGACACUGCUGGACUAUGACAUGGUUCACUUUCACCCAUCUGAGAUCGCAGCUGCAGCUCUGUGCCUAUCCCAGCUGUUGCUCCAUGGCCUGCCCUGGUCUCCCACUCAGCAGCACUACUCCACUUAUGACGAGGCUCACCUGAAGCCCAUCAUGCAGCACAUGGCCAAAAAUGUGGUGCUGCUCCAUGACGGCAAGACUAAGUUCACCGCCGUGAAGAACAAGUACAGCAGCAGCAAACUGAUGAAGAUCUCCAUGGUCCCUGAGCUCAGCUCUCCCCUCAUCAGGAGCCUGGCAGCAGCUGUGGGAGAGGUUCCCUGA